AUGCCGUUUGGAUUAGCUAAUGCCCCUGCUACCUUUCAACAUUGGAUCAAUGAUAUCUUACGUCCCUACCUCGAUCAAUUCGUAACGGCAUACUUAGACGAUAUCCUUAUCUACUCCGAGACUCUAUCAGAACAUAAAGAACACAUUCGAAAGGUUCUAAAGGUACUUGAUGAGAAUCAUGUUCACCUUAAACCUGAAAAAUUUGAAUUUAUGGUUCAAGAGACGAAAUAUCUUGGUUUAAUCCUUACCCCAAAUGGGAAUAGAAUGGACCCAAAGAAAGUUAUCGACGUUUUGAAAUGGUCCACACCAAUGAAUCUCCAUGAUGUCCAAGUAUUUCUAGGAUUUGCAAAUUUCUAUCGACGGUUCAUCCUAGGAUAUUCAAAAAUUGUUGCUCCACUUACAGCCUUGACCAAGAAAAACGCUAAAUUCGAAUGGACGGAUGAUAGGGACGAAACAUUUCAAACUUUGAAAAAGAUGUUUACCACGGCACCGACACUAGUUCAUUUUAAUCCGGAUAGGAAAAUUGUGAUAGAAACCGAUGCAUCUGAUUAUGUUUCAGCAGGAAUCCUAUCUCAACGUGACGACGAAGGAAUUCUACAUCCAGUCGCUUUCUUUUCCAAGAAACAUUCUCCUGCAGAAUGCAACUAUGAAAUCUAUGAUAAAGAACUUUUAGCAAUCAUACGAUGCUUCGAAGAAUGGCGACACCAUUUGGAGGGAGCUCAAUUUCCAAUUGAAGUUCUUAGCGACCAUCGAAAUCUUGAAUAUUUUAUGACAACAAAAUUAUUAAAUCGUCGACAAGCCCGUUGGUCCGAAUUCCUUUCACGCUUCGAUUUCAUUAUACAAUUUCGACCAGGAAAACAAGGAACAAAACCAGAUGCAUUGACUAGAAGGUCAGGUGACCUACCUAAAGAGGGGGAUGAACGGUUAACGCAUCAGAGUCAAGUGAUUUUGAAGCGAAAAAAUUUGAGUACAAAGCUAAGUUUGUUCGCGGGUUCUUUGUCAAAUGAAUCCGCUGAAGGAGCGUCCACUGUAGAGGAGUUAUUUUCAAAAGCUUACCAAGUUGAUAGUUUUCCAAACAAGAUCCUCACUAUGCUUCGGAAUGGCAUUCGCUACUCGAGUAAAAUUUCGCUUGCCGAAUGUACGGAAGACAAUAACGGUCGGCUACUUUAUCGAGGCGCGCUAUACGUACCAGACGACAAUGACCUUCGACUAAGGCUUUUAAAAGAACAUCAUGAUAAACCAUCCGCAGGACAUCCGGGUAGAGCAAAGACAUUGGGACUUCUAAACUGA